AGUGACUUGCGUAUUUCUUUCAGAAAUUGAAUUUCAGCUAAGUUCCUGUCCGUGAUACGUGAUUAAAAACGUCGAAAGUCGAAGUUUAAGCCGGUUUUUUUUCCAAGCUUUGAAGUUAGUUUUCAUCGUACAGUUGUUGCUACCCUGUCCCUGUGACCAUGUCUACUGCGGAUCUUGUCGGAAACGAUACAAACGGCGUACGUGGCAUCGACGACGAGCGUCGGGCCAAGUUCAAAAAUGCGGGGAAAACGAAUGAUGAACUGCGCCGGAAACGAGUUGAAGAGAAUCUCGAACUGAGGAAAAUCAAGCGAGAAGAUACUCUUAUGAAACGGCGGAAUGUAGACUUAGAUGGUUUAGUUUCUUCACCCGAAUCUCCACAGCGUGAGCAAACUUCUGAGUUGACACCUGACGCCGAAGUCCAGCUAUGCUCGAAGAAUUUAUUCGAAGGAGCGAGUGGACCGAAAAUGUUCAAUAGUCUUCAGCGUUUGCGGAAGCUCUUGAGCCGAGAAGCCAAUCCUCCCAUUGAUAUCGUUCUGAGAGCCGGUCUUUUGCCGAGACUCGUCGCCUUCUUAUCAUAUGACGAUGAGAAUGUGCAACUUGAAGCGGCGUGGGCUGUGACAAACAUUGCGUCUGGAUCAUCGGAACACACGGCUGCCGUGAUUCAGGCUGGAGCCGUACCCGUUUUAUUGCAGUUAUUCAACACGUCGCCUUCGAUGCCUGUUGCUGAGCAAGCUCUUUGGGGCCUUGGGAACAUCGUCGGAGAUGGACCGGAUAAGCGGGAUUAUCUGUUGAGCUUGGGGUUCACUACCGAUAUAAUCUCGUGUAUGAAAUCGAAGCCGGAUAUACCGCCGUCGUUCGUCAAGAAUUUGGCGUGGAUUAUUUCCAAUUUGACGCGCGGACGAAGCCCGCCUCCAGACUAUCAGACAGUCAAGAGAUUCCUGCCUGUCCUGUCUUACAUGCUGGACUACAACAAUGUGGAAACCGUUGUUGAUGCACUUUGGUCCUUGUCCUACUUGUCGGAUGGCCCCAAUGACCAAGUUCAAGGCGUUGUGGAUGCUGGCAUCGUGCCGAAGGUGGUGAGGAUCAUGAAAGUGGCCAAUGAUCCUCGUUUGAUGACGCCGUGCGUUCGAGUCAUUGGCAACGUGGUGACCGGAACUGACGAACAGACAGAUGCCGCUCUGAAGGCUGGUGCUUUGGAUGCCGUAGGUCAUGCUUUGAACAGCACCAAGUCCACCCUGGUGAAGGAGGCGUGUUGGCUCAUCUCCAACAUUGCUGCUGGAACCCCCGAACAGCUCAAGAAGAUCUUUGAAGCCAACGUCUUGCCUGUUGUCCGUGCUGUGAUGCAACAUGGAGAGUACAAGUGCCAGAAGGAAGCGACUUGGGUAAUCGCCAACAUUAUGAUGGGUGGAACACCGAAGAUGCUAGAAGUCUUGAUUAAUGAGCACUACAUUGAGCCAUUUGUUGCCAUGCUGAAGGGUACUGAUGCAAAGUUGGUGGUCAUGCUGCUGGAUGCUCUUGCAACUGGUUUGCAGGUGGCCGCGAGAAGUGGGUUUGAUGAGAAGUUCAAGUUGAUCGUUGAAGAGUGCGGAGGAUUGGAUACUCUGGAGUUGCUGCAGAAUCAUGAAAAUGAAGAUGUUUAUAACAAGGCUCACCAUAUUCUGGAGAAUUUCUUCUGUGAUGAAGGAGAAGAUGCAGUAGAAAUUGAAGGUGCUGCGGGUGAUGGGAAAUUUGAUUUUUAACCGAAAGUUGCCGGAAAUGUUGGAGAUCUUUAUUUCGAGCUAUCAAUUCUGCUCAUUGAAUUUUCAAGUGCUUUUCUUGCAUGCAUUCGCGACAAGUGAAGGGUACUGGAUUGUGAAAUUGUGUUUCGAAUGAUUUAAAAAAGAAAGAUUCAGUGAAUUAACCAA